UUGAGUGAUCGGUCCCAGCUCAGCAUCCAGCCUUCACACCGGACGGUGCGCCUGUGAGAGGAAGAGCAGAGCCGCUCUCUGUCGUUCAGCUUCUUCACUGAGUUUACAGCCUCGCUGACAGAACUUUGGGCUUUUUGGAGCUUCGGAUCUUCGUUUUACAACAUUUCAUCCCGGCGUGAACAAGCGGAAUUUAAGCUUUGGAGGAGAGCGCAGCGGAGGUCUGGAGAUGAACCCCCCGUGUGCCCGCUGUGGCAAGAUCGUGUACCCGACGGAGAAAGUCAGCUGCCUGGACAAGAACUGGCACAAAGGAUGUUUCCACUGCGAAGUUUGCAAGAUGACGCUGAACAUGAAGAACUACAAAGGCUAUGAUAAGAAACCCUACUGCAACGCACAUUACCCCAAGACGUCAUUCACCAUCGUGGCCGACACUCCAGAGAACCUGAGACUGAGACAGCAGAGCGAGCUGCAAAGCCAGGUGAAGUAUAAGAAGGACUUUGAGGAGAGCAAAGGUCGAGGGUUCAGCAUCGUGUCCGACACUCCGGAGAUGCAAAGACUCAGAAGGACUCAGGAGCAGAUCAGCAACGCAAAGUACCACGAGGACUUUGAGCGGGCGCGCGGUCGAGGCUUCACGCCGGGGUUGGACGAUCCCAGCAUGGAGCGCUACCAGAGAGCCAAUCAGAUGAUGGGAGAGGCGGGCUACAACAAAGGCAUGCACCACCAGGUGACAGAGAUGGACAGACGACCAGGAGGCAUCAUCGUAGACCUGAAGGUGUGGAGGGCAGACCCAGGCUCCAUCUUUGACUUUGACCCUCUUGAGGACAACAUUCAGUCCAAAAGCCUCCGCAGGAUGUCUGAGCGAGCUGACCGCAGGCUGAGCAGGCAGCACUCCCAGCAGUCGCUCACCCUCAGCCAGGCUCAGUCUGUCAGCUCGCUGACCUCUGACCUCUGGGACCGCAGCAGCGCUGAAACUCCGGCUCCUGUGCUCCCUGGAGCGUACCAUCAGGGCGUCCAGAUGCAGCAGCAGCAGCAGUAUCACGGCUACAUGCAUCAGACCAGCAUGUCAUCUGUCAGAUCUGUCACCUCUCCUCCACACUCAGGCACCAUGCGUGUUUACCGUGCGCUGUAUGACUACGCGGCUCAAGAUCACGAUGAGGUCUCAUUCAGGGACGGCGACGUCAUCAUCAACGCUCAGCCCAUCGACGAGGGCUGGAUGUACGGCACCGUGCAGAGAACCGGCAAGUCCGGCAUGCUGCCGGCAAACUACGUGGAGUGUUGCAACUAAAGCGGAGAGGAAGACGAGUUUGUGAGAGAGAGCGGAGAAGAUGAAGUGAGACGGGCCUGAAAUUCACAGUUACAUCCACCUUCAGCGUUAUAAAAGCAGCUGGUGAUGUUCUUUGCAUUUCAGGGCUCAUUUACAUUUUCAGUGUUAUGGGAAACGGGAAAGACAGGUGAUAGAUUGUUAGACUGUUCUGGUCAAUUUUAAAAACAGGAAAUUAUGUUUAAAAAAUAAGUUUAAUGGGUUUUAAUUAGACGUGAUGGAUUACAAAGCUGCAGCUUCUUUGAGAAUAAACACAUCUGCUCAACAGCCAAUCAAAGAGCAGUUUCUACACUUAAAGGUGAAGGAAACUGACCAGGAUGCAGUGCAGCGGAGCAGGGUGCGCUAUGAUUAAAGAGGGCUGUCUGAAUGCUUGGGGAAGCCUUUCCUGUAUCUGAUGGACACAGAUACGUCUAUCAGGUCCAUCGCUUAUUGGAAAAUACAUCUACUCCAGCUCCAUUCAGGCCUUUUCUACAGUAUCUCCAAAAUUAUUCUUCUUGUUAUGUAAAAUUAGCAUUUAUGUUAAAAAAAAAAGAAAUUUACAAAAAAUCUACACAAAAUAUUAUGAAGCACUGUCCAGAAAUAUGUGCAAAGUCAUGGAAAUCAAUUUCACUUUUUUUUGACACAGCUCUUAAAUUAUUACAUUGAACUCAAAUCUGUAAACUCCUGGAGUUUCAUCCAUGUCCGUCCGAAAGCAGCUGCAGAAUCAGCAUCAGUAGUAACCUCGAGGCUCUGGUCACGUCUCAAAGUUACUGUAUAUGGUUUGAAACAGAGUGAAAGUGCGCCGAACGAAAGGUUUGGGAUCUGAGCUGGAAAUGAACCACAAGCAGCUUCAUGGUUCUUCUUUAGGUGGCACUGAAAUAUAUAUUUUUUAAUUUAGGCAUUAAAAGUUUAAGAAUCUAUUGGGCAGAACUGUCUGGUGUAAAAAAAAAAUUAAUAGAUAGAUAAAAGAUAGAUAAACCUUUGUAGUUUUACACUGAGCGCUGCAAUGCACUGAACACCAUGAGCCGGUGAGAUCAGGUAAUAAUUGACCUGAAGGGGAAUUUUCUUUUGAUGAGCGGUGGAUGAAGAGAAAAAAGCAGAUGGAGGGAUAAAUCUAGCAUGCUGUCAUGUUUUAUGAGAAUAUAGAAGUAGAGGAGCGAACGACAGAAGGAUGCAUGAAGAGAAGCGGUGAGAGAGACUAGAAACAAGUAACGUGUAACUUUUUAAUCACCUGUGACAAACUAGAAGAGGAAAUGAAGAAGGAGUGAGCAGGAUUAAUCUAGUUUAUAAUACAACAGGAAUUCAGACAAGACUCCUAAACUGCGGCUCUGGGUGUGGUCUGUGUUUUUAAUACUGCCAACAACGCCCAGGAAAAGACCACAAAGCCUCGUUUCAGCUCCACAUGUCGAUUAAUCCACAACAAAUUCACUGUAAUCUCACUACAUCCACAUAAAAGACUCAUAAAUGUUUCAUACUUCAAAUGAACAUGUGAUAAGUUCUUGUUCAUUGUUGAAAACUGCUAAUUAGACUCAUGAUAUAAGUCACUGCUUGGCAAAUAAUCCUAACAGGCACUGCAGUCAGCUCACAUCGACACGCUGCAGAGGAGAUGCUCCUUAAACAUAAAGGCAACCAAAUCUGAGAAAGGUUCUUACUCGGGUCAUUCUUUAAAUAUUCAGAUUACAUUUGUGCUUUUUACCUACUAUGAAAUGUUUCCGUUCUACAGUUUGCAUUUUUAAUUUGCAUUUUUUUCCAAAAUGUUUUAAGUUUAAAAGACUUUAAAUAACAGAACAAACCAAAAAAAGAUUACGUUGAUUAUUCCACCCUCACAAGACAAAAUCACAGAUAAACAAAAACAGAUCAAUAAAAAAGUCCAGCAGGUCCAACAGUGGCUGCUCCAUCGGCAGGUUUCUCCACCCUCGACCAAAUUUCCUCUCAUCAGACGCGGUGUCCCUGUGCUCUGAUCAAACUCACUCACUGCAGAGUGGAUCUGAUGGAUUUCCUGUUCUUAUUGAAUUCGUGUUCAGAUGUGAGAAAGACAGUUUUAGUUUUUAUUCUUUACAAUAAAAGGAAAAUGCUGCCUACAGCUUCCCCCGUAUUCAGAAGGCUCCCCACAGCAGGUAGCGGGUUUGUUUGGAGGGUUUUCCUGGUUUUGUGUCUGUGGCUGGAGUUGAACUGGGGAUCUUUUUAACUGCUUCACUCUGGCACCACCAGAAUAAAGAAUACAAAUGAAAACUGAAUUCAAAUGUUGGCGUAAUGCAAAUUUGAUAUGAUGUCAACAAGUACAACGAGUUGUCCUGUUUUAAGACCGUUAUUAAGAUGCAUAGAAGAAUAAGUGCUGUAAGACCUCUUACAGUCAGCAGGUGCUCAUCAGGGAGCGACACCCAUGAAACAGACCCCCUACUAUCUGCGCACUGAGGUCUGAGGGACCUCCCAGGACCUCCCUGACACUAUUUUCCACAUUCCAGAUAUCUCUUGAUCUCUAAUGUCAAACACGACCUGCUCCAGAGCAGGUCUGUGGUUCUGAAAAGCCAGAAUUAAACCAAAGUUACCUGGACGAGCCCAAAUACUGCUCUGUCAGCCAUCGAUGCCACUAAUGAAACAAAUAUGGUCACAUGCUGACACGUUUAUGUGAUCUGAAGGGAAUCCAGAAAGCACAGAGAGAUGAAUUGAGACACUGAUGGUUUUUGGUCUUUUUAUGGGUUUUGUUGGCAUUAAGAAAACGACAGAUUGUCAGCAGACUUUCAUUGGAAAGGAUGCAGAAAAAGAAGAAGAGGAGCAGGGAAUGAAAAUAAUUAGAUCUGUCUUCUCUCUAGACGUGAGCCCGAGAAUGAAAAGGAAAGAAUGAAAAGUCAGAAAAUACUUUUUUCUUAGCAGUGAUGCAACCAAAAGGAAGGAGUGGGGCAGGCGAACAGGAACAAGGUUUAGAAACCUCGAGUUUGAGCAUUUAUUGAUCCCGGGUUUAAUUCAUGUUCAGGGGAGUGUGGUUUGGUUUUUGACUUCUGAUGUACAGUAACCUGUCGACAAACCAUCGACAGAUCAUCGGUUUUAAACAGCAGCAGUAACCUCUGUGUUUGUAAAGGACUUAACUAACACACUGUGUCUUUCUGUUUCUCGUGUCAUGCUGUCUGAAUAUCUCUGCACACAGUAAAAGUUUAUAUUUCCUGAAAUCUGAAGAGACUGUUUAAGUACGUCGGACUGGAGAUUUCUGGACGUUGCAGACUAUUUUGAUACACGGGCUCCUGUCCACGUUUGGGAAAGUUAUAUUUUACUCUUGUGUGUAUCCAGUAAGUCGUGUUUUUGGGGUUUCUUGUCUUGCUGUGUGGAUUGCAUCCUGGUCAUGUACUGAAUAAAUCUUCACUCAGCCAUGAUUUGUCAUUCUAGCUGGAAACCAUUUUUGCAUUUUGUAUGUUUUAUUUCAUAAAAAUAGAUGCAAUAGAAUAUAAUUUACUGAAUAUUCAUGUGUUGAUUGUGUUAAUUUUUGAAGAGACGCUGUUUCUUUUGUUUUUGGUUCAUGCUUUGAUGAUUUUUUUGCUUCUAAUGUCACAGUUUUUUUCUUAUUUACUCAGUAUAUCAUCACAGAUUUUACUAAAUUUAUUUACAUAUUAUUUGAAAUUAUGGAUCAUUCAAUCUCGGCCUGUUUUGCCAUGUGAUAAUUGCAGUGUGUUCCAUAUGGGAGAAAUAAAAAACAAAUAAACAGUCAACAGAAAAGUUCAUCUUAUUUAGAAAUAUGACUCAGAUCCUGUUAAUGCAUCUCUGAAAGUGAGACGUUUACUGAUGCCAACAGCAGAUAUGUAGCUGUUGUGUCACAUCACCUUUCAUGGACAAAAAUAUUUCUAAAAAUGUGCAAUGAUGAUUUUUAAAAU